AUGAUCUGCAGGGCGGACUUGGUCCAAAGGUCAAGCUCACCAGUCCAAGCUACCUAUGAGUUGCAGGCAGGCUUGGGUCGUGGAGGUGUCGGCCGUGUCGUCCAGGCGGUCUGCCGACGCAAUCAGAUUGCCCGGGCGGUCAAAAUCACCAGCCAAAAAUCCGAUCCUUCAGGAUUUGAGGUGUCCUUGAUGAGAAAGUUGGACCAUCCGAACAUUGUCCGCCUUUUCGAGACGUUCGUGGAGGAAACCCAAGGUGAGCUACACUUGGCCAUGGAACUUUGCAAAGGUGGGGCUUUGCCCAGCUAUGCACGGGACUUUUGGCCACCACUUGAAGAGGCUGCCGGCGCGGUGAUCAUGUGGCAACUGCUGGGAGCUUUGAACUACCUUCAGAAGCAGUCGUUGAGCCAUGGCGACAUUUGCCCCGCCAACGUUCUCAUGCUUCACUUCGACCAACCACCCGAGCAGAAUGUCACAAAACUCAUCGACUUCGGAGCACAUGCUGGGCGUCGCACGCAUGACCUCCCUUCCGCAGGUUUGGUCAUGAGGGCUUUGCUGGGCUGGUGCUCUGGUAUGAAGUGUGCUUCUCUGAGAGAAGCCCCAGCGGUGAAGAAGGGUCAGACAACUGUCUACAGCGAGGGAGGCCUCGGGGUACCUAUCAGCAAACCGGCCUCGGACCUCAUGGCGCGCUUCGCAGGCGCCGAGGCCGAUGCAGCCUUCACGGCGGAAAAAGCUUUGCACCACACGUGGUUUAUCCUCGCGAGGCACGGUGAAGUUCCCGUGCGAAGAAUGACGUCGAAAAGAGGCGCCACAAGAGAACUUUUUUGA